AUGUCGGAAAGAAAGGCGAUCAACAAGUACUACCCUCCUAAUUUCGAUCCUUUGAAGGCAGAAGAGGCGGCUCGCAAAAUAUCCAAGAAGUUAAAGACUAUGCAUAAGGACUCUACAACUAUUCGACUAAUGACACCGUUCAGCAUGCGAUGUCUCAAAUGCUCAGAGUUUAUACCACGCAGUCGAAAGUUCAAUGGUAAAAAAGAACUGUUACCAGAAAGGUAUUUGGAAACCAUAAAACAGUACAGACUUAGCAUUAAAUGUCCACGGUGCAACAAUAUGAUUUCUUUCCGCACGGAUCCCAAGAGUGGGGACUAUGUGAUGGAGAUUGGGGGAGUGAAAAACUACGUUGCAGAAGAAGCUGGCACCAAAACUGAAACGGUAGAAGAAGCGCUUGAACGACUGGAAAAACAGCACCAACUGGAGAAAGAUGCUGCCAACAACGAACCAUCCGAGAGCAAGAUGGAACAGGUUGAGAAGCGGCUUGUGAAAAUGCAGCAAGAACAGGAAGAUUACGAGAAACUCGAAAAUCUGCGAAGAGCUAACGCAGCGCGCAUGAAGCGCGCAGAGCAACUACAUGGGCUAUCAGAAAACGUCGCAAGAGAAAAAUUGAUCGACGAUGAGAAAACCGCUGAGGAUGCUUUCCGCACCGCUUUACAACCUUCCGGAACUGUUGAGAUAAGCACUGUUCGUCCCGUAACGACUACCACUGUCCCGCAAAAAAUCCAAUUGAAAAAGAAACUCAAGGGUAACCCGUUAGGUGUGGUGAUUAAGAAGAAAAAACGAGCUUGA